AUGGAUCCUUCAAAGUUUGGAAAAGAAUCGGAAAGAUAUGCUUUCAUGGUAACUUAUUAUGAUUCGCUAGCAGGAUUUGACAGAGAAUAUCAUUUGUUGUAUUACACUUUCGAUGAAACGAUCGAAAUGUAUGAUACAAAAACUAAAAGAGUAUUCCUCAAACGAAGCAAGUAUCCCGAGGUGGCAUUAAAAGACCUCUAUAAGGGUGCGAUAGUCACCAUUAAUAGUCGUCAACUCAAGGUAAAAGAUUAUAGUGAUGAAUUUACUCGGAAUAAUUUUGGAAGUAGAAAGAAACACACAUUGGCAAUGAUAAAACCUGAUGGAGUAGUUCAUAUGGGAGAAAUAAUUGACAGAAUAUGCAAAGAAGGAUUUCAAAUUUCGAAGAUGAAAAUGACACAGUUGAGUAUUGAACUAGCCCAAAAGUUUUAUGCGAUUCACAAAGAAAAAUCAUUUUAUGAUGAUCCUAUUAUUGCAUUGGAACUUGUAGCUGAAGACGCUGUAACGAAAUGGCGAGAGCUCAUUGGUCCUACAGACUGUGUGCAAGCAAGACAAGUCGCUCCUAACUCUAUCAGAGCUCUUUAUGCAACAGACAAAACUCACAAUGCAGUUCAUGGAUCAGAUUCUGAUGAAAAUGCAACAAUUGAAUCUCAAUUUUUCUUUGGUGGCAAAGAGGAAAUUCCUACCACUGCUACUUUUGAAAAUUGUUCACUUGCAAUUCUUCUUCCUCAUAUUGUUUCAGACAAAGCUUCAAUUGGUCAAAUUAUUUUGGACAUUCAAAGGGCAGGUCUCGACAUUACAGCUCUUGAACUUGUCUCUUUAGGAAAAACAGACGCGUCUGAUUUUUUGGAAGUCUAUCGAGGAGUAGCUCCAGAUUUUCAGAAAAUGGUUCUAAAUUUGUGUUCUGGACCAGUAAUUGCAUUGGAAGUGAGCUCAAAGCAGCCAAUAGACGUUGUCACCACACUUAGAAAUGUAUGUGGCCCUCCAGAUCCAGAGUUAGCAAAAGCUAUUAGACCCGACACAAUCAGAGCGAAAUAUGGAGUUGAUAAAAUAAGAAAUGCAGUGCAUUGCACUGACCUCGAAGACGAUGGUGUUCUGGAAGUUGAAUUUUUCUUCAACCUUAUGCAGCAAUAA